UUUUGGUGCCACUUGAUGGAGUUAUUCCACAGGAUUAAGGAUCUAAGCUUCAAACUCAGAAAACCAUUCUCAAAAGUUGGCAAACAUGAAUUGACUGGGCAUAAAGUUGCUGUGAAGAUACUCAACCGACAGAAGAUUCGAAGCCUCGAUGUGGUAGGAAAAAUACGCCGAGAAAUUCAGAACCUGAAGCUUUUCAGGCACCCUCACAUAAUUAAACUGUACCAGGUCAUCAGUACACCAUCUGAUAUUUUCAUGGUGAUGGAAUAUGUUUCAGGAGGAGAGCUAUUUGAUUAUAUCUGUAAAAAUGGAAGGAAAUCUGAUGUACCUGGAGUAGUAAGAACAGGCUCCAUGAUGGAGCUGGAUGAAAGCGAAAGUCGACGUCUGUUCCAACAGAUUCUUUCUGGCGUGGAUUACUGUCACAGGCACAUGGUGGUUCACAGGGACUUGAAGCCCGAGAAUGUCUUGCUUGAUGCACACAUGAAUGCAAAGAUAGCGGAUUUUGGUCUUUCCAACAUGAUGUCAGAUGGUGAAUUUUUAAGGACAAGUUGCGGCUCACCCAACUAUGCUGCUCCAGAAGUAAUCUCAGGAAGAUUGUAUGCAGGCCCAGAGGUAGAUAUAUGGAGCAGUGGCGUUAUUCUUUACGCUUUAUUAUGUGGAACCCUUCCAUUCGAUGAUGAUCAUGUGCCAACUCUUUUUAAGAAGAUCUGUGAUGGGAUCUUUUAUACGCCUCAGUAUUUAAACCCUUCUGUGAUUAGCCUUCUGAAACAUAUGCUGCAGGUGGAUCCGAUGAAAAGGGCCACAAUCAAAGAUAUCAGGGAACAUGAGUGGUUUAAACAGGACCUUCCGAAAUAUCUCUUUCCUGAGGACCCGUCAUAUAGUUCAACCAUGAUCGACGACGAAGCCUUGAAAGAAGUGUGUGAGAAGUUUGAGUGCUCAGAAGAUGAGGUGCUCAGCUGCCUCUAUAACAGGAAUCACCAGGACCCAUUGGCAGUUGCUUAUCACCUUAUAAUAGAUAAUAGGAGGAUCAUGAAUGAAGCCAAAGAUUUUUAUUUGGCAACAAGCCCACCUGAUUCUUUUUUGGACGAUCACCAUCUGACUCGGCCCCAUCCUGAAAGAGUACCAUUUUUGGUUGCUGAGACUCCAAGGGCUCGCCAUACCCUUGAUGAAUUAAAUCCACAGAAAUCCAAACACCAAGGUGUAAGGAAAGCCAAAUGGCAUUUGGGAAUUAGAAGUCAAAGUCGACCCAAUGAUAUCAUGGCAGAAGUUUGUAGAGCUAUUAAGCAAUUGGAUUACGAAUGGAAGGUUGUAAACCCCUAUUAUCUGCGUGUUCGAAGGAAGAACCCUGUGACAAGCACGUACUCUAAAAUGAGUCUACAGCUAUACCAAGUGGACAGUAGAACGUACCUGCUGGAUUUCCGCAGUAUUGAUGAUGAAAUUACUGAAGCCAAAUCAGGGACUGCUACUCCACAGAGGUCGGGAUCAGUGAGCAACUAUCGAUCGUGCCAAAGGAAUGAUUCAGAUGUUGAGGUUCAAGGGAAAUCCUCCGAAGUGUCUCUUACCUCAUCUGUAACCUCACUUGACUCUUCCCCUGGUGACUUAGCUCCAAGACCUGGAAGCCACACAAUAGAGUUUUUUGAGAUGUGUGCAAAUCUAAUUAAAAUUCUUGCACAAUAAACCUAAAACUUUGCUUAUUUGUUUGAUAGCAAUAAGCAUGCAUAAAUCACAGCCAAAUGCUUCCAUUUGUUAUCAAGUUAUACACGUUGUAACUGAGAAUUGGCCAUUUGGAAUGCAACUUGCACAGGGAUUGGAACAUGAUUACUAGUUAAAACCCUAAUGUGCAAAGAUGAAUUAAGAAACUUUGUGGUUCACUGUUCUGUAGGCAUUUAGUAUAAUAUAAUGAAUUAUGUGUCUCCCAGGCUCACUUGAUUUUUGACUGUUUUAUAUUUAGUGUACACAGGGCUUUGUAGAAGAUUAAUUUACCACAAAGGCCUUCAUAUUAUAUGUUGAUAUGUUGCAUAUUUACUUCAUAAAUGAAUUCAGAAAUGCCUGCCUGGAAUCCCCAGAAAUCAUUACAGGUAAAUUUGUUUCCUGGGCUCACAACAGAAGUAUGUUCAGCAGUAGUUACAGCUUCUUUGUUGUCCUGUUGAUAUUCUGUUAAAAUAAGUUGUAUCAAAGAUAUUAAACAUACUUUAAAACAUAUAUGCAGAUAUACAAGGCACUAAGUUUUAUCUUCUAAUAGGUCUCACUAUAUUCUGUACAUAAAUUGUUCUCUUUGUUACACGAGUUAAAUUAAACGGCAUAUACUAUAAAUAAAUCACGUCGCCUUCCAUUUCAUAAAUUGCUCAUCAUGUCUGGCAGUACUGAAUGUAUGCGAGAAUUUCUUGUUAAUGUGAUCAUGUAUCUUUUAAAUUCGCUCAUUGCUUAGCAAUAUCUCUUUCAAACUGUUUAAGUGCUCAGAUAAUUAUUUUCCUCCCAAAUUUUAUUAAUAUUUUUGAAGCAAAAGUUAAAAGGCCAUUAGAAUGAUCAUGUGUGUAUGAAACACUUUGAAUCAACAAUUGGUAACAUUUUGUCAUAUAUCCUUUUAUAGAUAUGUAUUUAUAUGUGUACGUAUGCAGUAUAUUUGUUUCUCCCCCAGACCACUUGGAUGUUGCAGACAUAAUUCUUAGCCCUAAAUACUUCAAGCAUCUUCUACAAGGAAGGACAUUCUCCCGUAAAACCAUAAUGCCAUAUCAAUAAUUCCCUAAUAGUCUAUUCAAACUCAGAUUUCCCCAGCUAUCCUCCAGAUUUCUUUUAUCGGUAGUUAUUUUGAACUAGGUUUAUACAUUGCAUUUGGUUAUGUCUCUUUAGUCAGAUAUGUCAUUAUUGAUCUUUUUCCCCUAAAAAAUGUAGAUCAGUUAGUUCUUCUAAGCGGUCAUAUUUUCUGACCUUGCUUUAAAUGAGUAUUAUAGGAAGUACCUAAAUCGUAACCUUCCUUAAGGUCUGGUUUAUAUCUCCUUUUUCUCUUAGUAAUACUCUUGUUACAUAGUAAGUGUAAAAUGAAGAGGGGCUAGCAUUUCAGAUAAAUUGAUAUCAUGUAUAUGCCAACAAAAUACUGUUUAUUACCUACAUUUUUUUAAUAUAUUAACACUUUAAAAAAAAGAUUUCCUUUUCAGUAUGUCUCAUUGUCACAGAGCUUUCUUUUUGUCUACUCUGAGUCUUUAUACUUGAAGGAUUGAUUUUGGUGACCGCAGUGAGCACUUGUGUGACUAGCAGUUAAUGUAUUCAAGUAUCAUGGAAGUUCUUUUACCAUCAGUUCAACUCCAGGCAAGCCUUCUGGAGAGCCGACGUAAAGGUCAGAAGUCCUGCAGCUGUAGUUUUGGUCCCAGCACCUUAAAAUGUGCACCAAAUCCAAAACAAGAACAAAAAACCUUUUUAAACCAGGCCUACUCUAUAAGAACCUGGAAGCUUUACAAAUACUAGGCGUUGUAUUUAAAAAAUGUGUUCAAAACGGCAUUUACUGCAUAGCCCCUCUAUUUACGGGAUAUUGAUAUUGGCUUAGUCAUUAUGUUCCUGAUAUUAAGAACAGAAGACUGUAUUUUUAAAGUUACAGAUUUGUAUAAAUGAUUAAGGUGAUGUCCGUUGUGAUGUUGCUGUAAGCUGUUGGGAGGGAAGGAAUAAAGGAGGACCUUCUAAAAAUUGUUAAUUUUGUAAAAUCUGCUUAUUUUAUAAGUUAUUGUGAUUCUUUUAGUUACUGAGCUUUGUUUUGAAGAUAUUUUACUAUUGCAGUUGUACAAAUAGCAUAAUAGAUGCACAGACUGUUUCAGUAAAUUCUUUUUUUUUUUGAUAUGCCGAGAUAAUGAAAUGACCGAUUUUGGUUAAGUGUGUCAAGGUUGCAUCAGAAUUUUCACAGAUUUGUUGUAGUUUCAAAUUCGUACUAAUAUUGAAUAUGUAAGGGAGUCAAUGCGAAUGGUAUUUAAUCUUUUUUUAAAUAUCUUUUCAGCAAUUUCUAUUUUUGUGUGAUUUUAUGCAACCAUAUUUUUACUUUGUCUCGACAGGUGAAAGAUGUAUAAAGGUUUUUGCCAGAAAUGUACUGUAUUCAUAGAUUUCAAUAUAACAGAUUUAUUGAUAUGUAAAAAUUUUGCCAUUAAAGUAAAUGAUUUCUUGCUGAGGAGUAAUUUUUCUACCAGUCUUGGGGGGUAUGGGAGCUUAAUAUAUCUAAUUUAAAGUAAUUUCACUGAAAUAAAUUCCAUUUGCUUUAA